AGACGGACGACGUCCAGGCCAGCUGUUCUCUGUCCUCGAUAUGCGCUGUCUCUGCAUUUAAACCGUACAGAUGAGUGAGGUCAAGAAAUGAUUGACACGUGUUUCUUAAUGAGCGGAAGAACAACACUCCUCGCCUACAUCGGGCCAACGAGUGGCACAACGAGUGGCACAACAAGUGGCUAAACAACCUUGUUCUUCCCAAAGUGACCAUCUAAACCUGAUCGGAUACCGUUGUGUGCGAGUUGUAUAUCUUCGUUUGUACGCUCUUCGCAACCCGACACCCUCCUCGGUCCAAGAUCGCAUCCAACCUCAUUGUUCUGCCCGCAGUGUGCCAAGUCGUCCACUGGUUCUAUAGUGCUCCAUCUGUGUCUAGGCGGAUGUAAGUGUCUCAUUUGUUGCCAGGCAUCUUCCCCGGAAGCAUUAUACCGCCAUGGAAGUCGCCUUUGUCGCUGAUCUUUUCAGUGCUCUUGGCCAUCGCGUACUAUAUGACAUGUCAAAGAACUUGCAUAGCCGACUCAUCUCUCCUUUGUUCACCAUGUUCUUUGUUCUAGCACAGAAACUCCGCUGAAGAAGUUGAACGAUAUAAGAAGCCCACGCGUUUCUGAAGGUCCCCCAUUAAAUCCCUUUACAACUCCCCGAACAUUCGCUCUACCAGCUACAAGCAAUACUAGGUCCGCAUACGUUCUACCUGUGCUCACUGCCCUCAACUUACCAUCAUAACAGAUCACUUUUCUAGAGGUCCUUUCUAUCAUCCCGAUUCAAAGCAUCCAAUAGACCAUCAUGUCUCUCCAGCCGCGACUUCCAGAGAGCGUCCAAUUGAGGAUCAUCGCGCAUGUCCCUGAAAAGGCCGCCAAAAUCUUCAGGGCUUGCUCCCUCACCUGUCGCGCAUGGCGCGAGCCAAGUCAGCGACUCCUUCACAAGUGGGUCUGGAUACAAGCCCCGGGCGCACAAAUGCCCCUGGACGCGGCCAAGCCAUUGUCAUUGGACCGCUACUCUGACCCACGAGUGGCGUCGUAUGUGACCGAGAUCAAUUUGGAAGGUUUCGACUUCUCUAUCUAUACACCACCAACUGCUCAACACGUCGAGGUCACCGGCGAUGAUAUUGCGUUUAGAUUGCUGGAACGCUUCCCGAACCUUCGCCUCGUGAAAUUCGAUGACUGCAUGAGGAUAGAGCGACCUAACGGCGAUAUAUCAGCCCUUGAGAGGGUGUUCCGAAACGUAGAGCGUAUGAACGUAUCGGACUCGGACAGUUCCAAUUUCAUCGGCUUCUUCUCGUUCUUGUUCUCUUUCCCACGUCUCUCCGUGCUAGAGCUUACAAGAGUUGCGUGGUAUGACAACGAACACCCCGACCUGCAGGAGUUUAUGCUUUCACAAGACUCGUUCGCGCUGGUUACCCAUUUAGAGGAACUCCGGUUUUGUAAUGCCGUCGCUGAUGAUCACUGUCCGGUUUUGUUCGACAUUCGCGGAUGGCUCUCUGUGAUCCCCCACGUCCAGUUCCACCCCAACUUUCGACUUGUAUUCGGAUAUGCGAAAGCCUUUGAGGGUAGAUACCUGCCAGCCUUGCUCAAAGCUCUAGGACCAGCCCUGAAGCGUCUGCACUUGCGCGACAUGCCAAAGCCACUACGUGUUUUUAAUUUCCCCCAUCUCCUUAUCUUCAAUACCUCGCUUCGCGAAAUAGCUAUCACGAUUGACAGGAAAAGAAAUGGUCCGGAAUGGGUCCGAUACGUCUUGUCCCAAGUUGCGCCGACUGCAUGCAUUCGUAAACUCGUAUUCAAAUGUGAUGUUUACGACAAGAACGCUUUACAAGCAUGGACGCGUGGCGGGAUCGAUUUACCAGAACCCGAGCUGGAAGGAAGUCUCCCUUUCUUGCAACUCAACGGUCUCCUCUCCAUUCCUCAGUAUUCAAGACUGGAAGAAGUUGUCAUCAACUAUCACUGGCCUGAUGAAUUACCUGAAGAUAAUCGUGAGGCUAUGGAGUGGAUGGAAGAAUGUUUGCUUGAGGAUUUAGAAGAGGAUCUUCCGAAUUUGUGUUCCAACGUGAAGGUCACCUUGAAGCGAAGGACUAAACUGAUCACACAGGUAGAUGAUGACUAGAUUUCACCCAUCACUCAAAUUGUAUGUUAUCUGUAGUGCCUAUACUAUCUAUGCCAUAUGUUUACUAUUGUGAUUUGUACACACUGACUCGUAGGAGAUCCAGCUAAUCAUGUGUUCACUAUGGGUAUACAAUACAAGUUGAAAGUUGAAGUAUUAUGAUCACUGAAAGAUGCUUCCAAGGAGUGUGCGGGAAUCAGGUAUGCGACCCUGCGCACCCAAUCGACCCCGAGUGCCUUUGUCACUCUCAAUUCUAAUGAUCCACCCAAUAAGCUGCGCACCUCCCCAGAUGAAUAAUCGAAGGAGUGCCAGACCAGCUAGCAAACCAGUGAUGAAGACGAU